UAAUAGAUUAACGAAACAAAAUACAUACAGUAUCAGUCCCAGAGUGGUACAGUAACACCGUCAGAAGGUUAAAGUUCAACCCGAGAACAACUAUACCAGCUCCAGGGAAGUCUAUGGAAAAAGUAUUUUUAAGAUUGGAAAAGACAUGACAGACUCUAACAAGAUGAUCAUCAACUUGGUCCUCUUUGGCAUGACUCAGAGUGGAAAAAGUUCUGCUGGGAACAUUCUUUUGGGAAGCACUGACUUCCACAGCAGCUUUUCUCCAUGUUCUGUGACCAAAGAUUGCUGUCUGGGCCGCAGUUGUCACCUCUGUGGCUUCAUGCGUCGAGGGGGGCAAGAGAUAACCCUGCAGAUCCAGGUGUUGGACACUCCAGGUUAUCCACACAGCAGACUGACCAAGAAGCAUGUGAAACAGGAGGUCAAGGAGGCCCUGGCACAUCACUUUGGGCAAGAGGGUCUCCAUCUUGCACUGCUGGUCCAGAGAGCAGACAUGCCUCUUUGUGGACAGGAAGUAUCUGACUUAGUCCAGAUGAUUCAGGAACUUCUAGGACAUGCUUGGAAGAAUUACACUGCCAUUCUUUUCACCCAUGCAGAAAAAAUAGAAGAGGCUGGGUUCAGUGAAGAUAAAUACUUGCACGAGGCCUCCGAUACACUGCUAACCCUGCUAAAUUCUGUACAGUGCAGAUAUAUUUUCCAGUAUAAAAAAGGAAACUCACUUAAUGAACAAAGAAUAAAAAUCUUAGAAAGAAUCAUGGAAUUUAUAAAAGAAAAUUGUUACCAAGUUCUUACCUUUAAAUAAAAUUUAGAUAAAGGGAAAAGAGCUUUGGGCUUUAGAGUCAGAAACCUUGUUUCAAAAGUGCCUUUGUCAGAAUGGUUGAGGGCUGUCAGAAUUCCCAUAGCCUGCUACUGAGAGCGUACAUUGGUAUAACCACUUUGGACAACUGUUUGGCUGUUAAAAAGAAAUUAAAGGAAACAAGACUUCUAAUGCAAAUCCUAUGACACAGCAAUUGCCCUAUAAUUAUAUAUCCAGCAGAAAUGUGUAGAUUUGUACACUAAAAGACAUGUAUGUACAAGAAUGCUCUUGGUAAUACUAUUCAUAAUAGCCAAAUAGCUACCAAUAAUUAUCCGAAAGUCCAUUAACAGGAAUAUAGAUAAGCAAAUUGAGGUAUAUUCAAUGGAGUAUUUAUAUAAUAAUGAGAAUGAGCAAACUACAACCACAUGUAACAAUACCAAUGAAUUGUCCAAACAUAAAAUUGAAUGAAACAGUAUAUACUAUAUUAUUCCAUUUGUAUAAAGUUCAAAAACAGUCAAAACUGAUGUAAUAUAAACUACUCUGAUGUUAGAAGGAGAGGUCACUCUUGGGGAGGGGACAGUGAGCAUGCACUGGGCAGCUUCUGAGAGUCUGGUAAUAUUUAGUUUUUUGAUCUGGAGGUUAGUUUGAGUACUCACUUUGUAAAAAUUCAAUAAACACUUUUGAUUCAUAAACUGUUUAGUAUAUAUAUUUGAAUGAAAUUUAAGAUGAAUCAAUUAUUAUCUAUAUUUUAAAAACUAGUUCCACCAAUUACUUGAUGCUAGACAACGAAAAUUAUUUAAUCCUGUGAAAGGCCUCAUUUGGAAUAUCUAAUGGAUAGUUACUGUAAUGAUGCUCAAGAAAUGUUAACUUUCUUUUCCACUUUUUUAUAACCUGUGGUUCGUAUUUAGGGUUGGAAAUAUAGGUAAAAAUUCAGAGCCAAGCCCUGCAGCACAAACAAGGGUAACGAUAUUACUGUAUUAACCAAAUAAGAAUAAAGCCUGGACUUAAAAAGAGGCCUCCUCUACCUUGUAAGGUUGGUCAUGUUGGCUUAGUAGAGACGAUGGUCUAAAAGGCAGCAGAGAGGACUGAAGGAAAAUAAUUCUAGUCAAUCAUAGCCAAGUCUACCACCAAAUCAAAAUUGAAUCAUCCUCAUGUUUAACAUUGGUAUAUGAGCUUUAUAAUUUAUAAAACUUUCACUAAAAUAGUGAAAUUAAUUUGUAAGUUGUUUUAAGUGUGCAAUUCACUGUAUUUCCUAUUAGAAACAGGAUUGUAGCUCAUGAUUAUCCUCCCAGACUAGUCCUCAUAAGCCUACUUAAUGCUUAAUUUUACCUGAACUCUAGCACAACACCUAGAAAUGCAUUAGAAAGCCUAACACCAAAAUUUGUAAAAUGCUUCUAUGUGAAAGCAUAAUUCGAAUUCCAACUUGAAACAGUAUCUCUAUUUCUCUGCAGGACCCAACAACGGGGCUGAGUUUAAGAACUAAAUAGGAAUUGACACUUCCCCAGGGGUUGCUCCCUUCGUGACAGAUAAUGAGAUUUGAGGCUGCAAAGCUGAAACUGAAGUGAGUGGCGAAGGGAGUGGAAAAUUCAGGUAUUAAGUCCUUCAUAUCUUUCAUUCAUGUGACAUCAGCUAACUCUUCUAGGAUAUAAAUAAUACUAGUUUCAGGAAAGAUAGGUUGUGGAGAACAUUCAGGGGUUCAAGACCUCUGAGGCCAACCUGAUUAAUACAGGAAAGGUGCCUCCAGUUUCAAAGAGGAAGACUUCUGUGAUGUUUUCCCCUAAAUUAUGUUUUAUAUUUGUGUGUGUACACACACACACACACACACACACACAUAUAUAUAUAUAAACAUAUGUACAUUUACAUAACUCCCUAAUUGUGAUAUGACAUAUUUGACUUUCUUUUAGUAGUCUUCUACUCUGCUUUUUUGGUCCACUUUUACCUCUCUCCUCCUUCCAUCUCUCCUCUUCAUGCACAUCAGCCAAUUAGAGAGAGUUCAUGUCAACAAAGAGCACCAUUCAUAUUUUCCUGCUAGUCCAAGUAAUCACACAUGGAAUACACACAAACACAUGGAGGACUUUUGCCUUU